GUACUAUAAAGAAUUUAGCACGAAGAGGGACCUAGCGCCAUACAUCUCCAUUAUAGGCCUGAGCGGCAUAGGCAAAUCCUAUGCAGUCCAGCUUCAAACAGCGACUCGGUGCUGGCGAACAAUCCGUAGCCGCUCACCAUCUAGUUAAUGCACCAGCAUGGCACUUCUACUUCCUCCGACAAUACCUCCUCGGCCUCGGCCUUUCUACCAUGGAUCAAUGACUGCCUUUUUUGAAUGUUACUUUGCCGGUAGCAUUGUACUCGUUUACCUGGCUAGAUCGCGAGUUCCGCAGCGCAUAUGUGACACGCAGCAUGUAUACUCACAGGAAAGUGUCCAGAGACCAAGGGAAAAACCCGCCAUCUCAGCAUCAAAGAAAUUCGAUUACCAAGGACAUUUUCAUAGACCCACUGACCGAUUUGAAGGCCAGGUCUUCGACGUUUGCUUUUGCUUCGACGAGGCAAGAGAGUCAUGCAACUGGACGGGAGAUCCGCGUAUGAGAUUCUUCGCGAUGAGACGAACCAUGCGCCACAGGUCGAAAGCUGAGAAAGGUAUUCGAAAGCAGACACUUCUUCGCUUUUAUUGACACCUCUUGCGAAAGUGCCUGGCUUCUCUCACCCAGUAGAAAGUGACCCCAGUCUACAAUCUUUCAGCUUUCCUGUUGCAAUUGACCUGGAGAUGAGAACCGAUCAGAGCGCACCAGAAAUUCAUUCCCGUCCAUCUAUCAAAUCAGCAUAAUGGAUCUCUUUGAAAAUGAGCCCCAUCGUGGGACGGGGACGCAGAAGUUGCCCGGGAUUAUCACUAUCUCAGGUGCCCCCUUUGGAAAUCUUUUCUUCGUUCGAAUAGUG